ACAGAGCCCCACAGCCCUCCCUACCCUCAGCUAGUUCACCACCUGUGCCAUCUCAGUGUGGCUGGAGGGUUCACAGCUAAUUGGAGGAUCAGCUUCAAGAACCGUGGACCAGAUGUCCAUUGUUCAGAGCCAUCAUGAGCAGUCAGUACAACAGUUUCCUGUGUCUUUUUAUUGACCGCCCUUCUCAGAAUUGCUGUCCCCAUUCCUACCAGGUUUUCUAGCCUGGAGAUCACAAUAGGGUGCUGGUGUGUGGCACAGUGGUGUCUCCCUCGCAGUCGUAGAUCAGGUAACAUGUGAUUCAUGGACUCUUCUGGACACCACCGUCACAUCCAGGCGAGAUUUUAAUUUUCCGUUUCUGUGUCAGCUUUGUGAAUCUGGCCUGGGCAGUUAAGAGACAUCCAGAGCUCCUCAGAAUCCCAGCAUAUUCAGGUCUGCAUGUGUUUCUUGUCCAGACCCUGUCAAUGUGAAGCUAUGGCUGCUGUUGUUCUGCUUUCAGCCACAUGAAAGAGGAAGGCCCUGAUUUCUGUGGAGGCGUUCAUUUUCAGUGUGUAACCAGGAACAAAACAGAGGCUGUUGCUUUAGUGACACGACCGUCACGAGAGUACAACUACAAGGCGCGGCUGGCUGCGUUCUGCCUGAGGGAGUCGAGUUCCUUUCAUUUUCAUUUCUGCAGAAUCGACUCCCGAGUGUCAGAAGGCGUCUCCUCUCAUGAUGGCAGCAGCUAAGCCUUCUCUGUCUGCUGAUCUGUACUCCUGCUCGGUGUGUCUGGAGGUCCUGAAGGAGCCGGUCACCAUCCCGUGUGGACACAGCUACUGCCUGCAAUGCAUUAAUAAGCACUGGGAUCUGUCAGGUUUAAUGGGGUCUUACAACUGUCCUCAGUGCAGAAUGGAAUUCCAUCCAAGACCCCAGCUUCAAAAAAAUACGACUCUCACAAAUCUGAUCGAAGACUUAAAGAGAGAGGGAGUCAUCAGAGGUCCACCUCAGAGGAACGCAGGGCCAGGCAAUUUGUCCUGUGAUGUUUGUCCUGGGAAAAAACGGAAAGCUUCCAAGGCCGGCAUGGCCUCCUUCUGUAUAACUCACCUGAAGCCUCAGUUGGAAUCGCAGGCCUUUGGUAGACACAAACUGGAUGAGCCGACUAGAAACCUGGAGGAGAAGCUCUGCUCAAAGCACCAGAGAGUCCUGGAGAUGUUCUGUAGGACCGACGAGAGCCUCAUCUGCCCAGUGUGUGCGAUAAAUGAACACAAGAGUCACGACAUCAGGAUGCUCGAUGAGGAGACAGCUGAGAUAAAGAGUCAACUAGUGAGCACAGCAAAAGAAGUGAAAAGGAGAAUCCUGGAGAAGGAGACGAAAGUGGCCAAACUGAAGAAGUUUUCAAAGACGAUUCAGAAGUCUGCAGAAAAAAAAAAGCAAGAACACGAGGAGACCAUCAAGGCUCUCCUUCAGUCCAUUGAGCGGCUGAAGUCAGAAGUCUCUGAGGUCAUUAGAGAUCACGAGAGGAGGGAAGUGACAAAGGCAGAAGAGCUCAUCAAUGUACUGGGUAAGGAGAUUGAGGUGCUGCAGAGCAGAGAAGCCCAGAUGGCCGAGUUCUCAAAGAUAGACGACCACAUCCACUUCUUAAAGAGGUCGCGUGAUGUCUGUGUCCCUCCUGCUGAUGGCAAUGCUCCUAACAUCACUGUAAACGCAGAUUUCCUUCCUGAAACUCAAAAGAAGAAACUGUCUGGAGUGAAGAGGAGUCUUCGGAAGAUCACUGGCAAGGAGUUCGUGAAGAGCAAAAAGACCAGAUGUGACAUUUCAAGUGACGUCCUUAAGAAGCUGAAUAGAAACGACCUUUUAAAAUACUCCUGUCCGCUCACCUUGGACCCCAACACGGCACACAGACGCCUGCACCUGUCUGAAGGGAUAAAGCAGGUGAUAUUUAUGGGAGCAGACGGCCCGCACCCUGAUCAUCCUGACAGAUUUGACAGUUGGUCCCAAGUUCUGUGCAGCGAGGCUCUGAGUGGCCCUCCUUGCCGUUACUGGGAGGUCGAGUGGAGUGGACAAGGGGUUGACGUUGGCGUGACGUAUAAGAGGAUCAAACGGAAAGGAGCAGAAAACGAGUGUCUCCUUGGAUUCAAUGACAACUCCUGGAGUUUAAUCUGCUCUGAUUCCAGUUUCUCUGUGUGGCACAAUUUGAGGAAGACUGAAAUAAGCGCCCCCUUCAGUCACAGAAUAGGGGUGUUUCUGGACUAUGCAGGAGGCUCCCUUUCUUUUUAUAGCAUCUCAGACACCAUGACCCUCCUGCACAAGUUCAACACCUCCUUCACCGAGCCACUCUAUGCGGGUUUUAGGAUUCGAGAAAACUCCAGCGUAGCGAUCUGCCCUCUGAAGCGGUCUGACCAGUGACCGGCUUUGUCUGUAGGUCACUUCAUGUUUUCAAUUGCAAAGGGGCAUCUUUAAAUUUUAGAGAUCAUGCUGGAGUUCAUUCCUCAAUUCCUUUUUGGUACCUUGCACCUGCACCCCAAACACUCAGACACAACCAAACCACACAAUCAUUGGUUCAAGUAAAGAAGUUUUAUUCAAAAGACAUACCCACUACAGGCUUAUUAUCACCUGACAGAUCACUGACAGCUUCUUUUCUUUCCCUUCCUUUUCCACCUCCACUCUACUCUGAGCAGGCCUUGUCCACGUCCUCCCGACUCUGACUGCUGGAGUGACUUCCUUUCAACGCAAACCCUGGACUACUUCUGGUGCAACAGGAUUGUCACCUGAAAGGUCUGGUGGAACCUCUUCAUAAUAGAUUAGCAGCUCCCCCUAGUGGCACCCAAGAACCACAACAGGGCUGCCCAGCAAAACUACAACUCCCAUUCAGCCCUGCAGGUGUCCAAACAGGAGACAUCCCAGAGGGACACUGCCACCCGGUAUUCUGGGCGAAACACAAAGCCUCAGGAGGCAGUCGCCCUCUGUCCUUCUUUCAUAAUGGAGAGGCACCACUAACCAAUCCAGUCUGGAUUUCCGGACAUCAAUGUCCUUCCUUUAUCAUGGCUUCCUAGCUGGGUAAGGAACCAUCCACCAUGGCCAGUGUGCCAGUCAACUCGUGUCUUCUAUGACAACACACACACACACACACAGUCACUGGCCAUCCUGCUAUUUCUCUUGCCAGAAUGACCCUGGACCACUGUAGCUCAUGGGGGUGCUAUCUACCAGAAACAUUUAGGAGGGCUGACCAUCAGUGAACAUCAGUCUGAAAGGACAUUCAGUACUCUCAGUGGCCACACGGCGGCGCUGUCUUUAUGAUUUAUAGGCUCAGCUCAGCCUUAAACAGAACAGCAAGCCAAGCUGUGGGGAGAAAAAAACAUGAGAGUCGCCUAAAAUAAGAAACAUAAACUACUUUGUAAAUAUUAAAUAGUGAAUAUAAACCAGAAAUCAGAGCUGACUGCUUAGAGCUUUUCAUUUCUGUUAAUUUCAUUAGAAUCCUGUUUAAUGUCCCAUGAGUGCCAAUGUGCUAGUAAGGCACAAAAUAAGACCAUGGGACAUCUGACGGUCCUCAAAAGGUGCAAAAUCCGUUUCUCCGUCUCCCACCUGCACCCUGGGUAGCCCACUGGAUGCAAUGCUGUAUUGCGGACAAACAUUUAAGAUAUUUUCAGAUUAUUAAACAGGCCUUGUAAUAUUUGACUACUUGUAUCUUUGGAAGAGGCUUGAAUCUUUUUUCUUUUCUUUUCCUUUGUAUUGUUAUUUUUUUCUUUUCAUUUCUUUGUAUUUAUGCUAAACAAAUUGAUAGGAAUAACAAUGUGUUUGAGCAGAGUGUUGAACUCUGGGACUUAUUUAUGCAAAUAGACAGGAAUUCUGGGAGAUAUAAGCAAAUUAAAAGCAAAUGUUAAAAGUAAAUCUUAUUGUUAGAAGUGGCUUGUUUAAGCUCAAAUAAACUAACCAGUGUGUAUAUACUUGUUAAAGAUGCAAA